AUGGCUCGACCGCAACUUGGAGGCCCCAACGAGACAAAAGACGAAUGGAGCAAAGGAAGGGGAAUGUCUCAUAGUCACUUGAGUUAAUACCCUCAAAAUAAAUAAAACGCAGAGGUUUCUUUCAGGCAAGUGUGAGGUUACUUAAAGGUUCCAAGUAAACUUCAGUCAAACUUGAUAUUUCUCUGAGAAUAGACAUCUGUUUCCUUCUUGACUUGUCCCUGCGUUGCCUUUUGGAUGCAGACACUGAAACCAUCUGUCAUUUAUUCUUUAUAUAUUUCACCUUCUUUCUCCAGUCAUUCCUCCAUUGCCUGUAAUCUCUCUCUUUUUCGCUUUAGCAUUCUCUCGCACACACACACACACAGACACACUCCAACUGUCCUUUUUUCGAACACCUUGUCACCCGGUACCUACUUUGCAUACAGUCGCUCACAUCAAACAUGAUAUCAUCCAUCUACUGAUAUCAUCCAUCUACAUGAUAUUAUUCAUCUAUCCAUCUACUUAAAUUAGGGCCGCCGACUCUUCAUGUCUGAUAAAGCAAUGAAGUCAACCUAGGUAAAGAGAGCUGGCUAAGGAAGGGCUGCUAUUUGAGAUUAUUGGGACACAGCCCUAUACCCCAGGCCCUGGAAAUAGAAUAACCAAAGUAAGCUGUGUGUGUGUGUGUUAGGUGAAGAGAACAGUAAUCCUUCCUCUGAAGUCAGAUUUCCUCUCCAAGUGUGUGUGUGUGAUCAUGUAAGGGGAUAUAGCAAGGACAUGACCAGCAGCCAUUGGAAUGUUUUUGCAGCGUUUAAGGGUGGCCUUCUCAUUUUCACUUUCCUCCAUGAGAACCACAGAGAUUUCACGACAUCUUACUCUCAGAUUCCCCUACUGUUGGUGCACAGCUGGAGCUUACCUGCAGCUCUCCCAUUCUAUUCUCCCACGUGUGAAAUCAGCAGACAUCUUAUCUAAGCGAUACGGUUUCAUAUCUGCACAGGGGUCUUUUUAAAAGACUGCUGAAGUAUGCACAUAAUGGUUCCGCUCAGUUUUUCAUUUUCUAUCGCUCUUUCUGCUUUCUUUUCCCACUUGAUUCUGGCUUGCUCUCUGUUUUCUCUCCUCUCCUCGUGAAGUAUUGAUGGCUGACAUACUGUCCUGGAAUGUGGGACAACUAGAUGUAUUAGUUUAGAGCGAGAGCGAGAAAAGGGGGAUGGUUUAAAGGAAGAGUAGUAGUUCAAAAGUACACUGAACAAAAAUAUAAACGCAAUAUGUAAAGUGUUGGUCCCAUGUUUCAUGAGCUGAAAGAAAAGAUCCCAGAAAUGUUCCAUACGCACAAAAAGCGUAUUUCUCUUACAUUUUGUGGACAAAUUCGUUUGCCAAGAUAAUCCAUCCACCUGACACGUGUGGCGUAUCAAGAAGCUGAUUAAACCGCAUGAUCAUUACACAAUAAAAGGCCACUCUAACAUAUGCAGUUUUGUCACACAACACAAUGCAACAGAUUUGAGGGUGCGUGCAAUUGGCAUGCUGAUUGCAGGAAUGUCCACCAAAGCUGUUCCCAGAGAAUUGUAAUGUUCAAUUCUCUACCAUAAGCCCGAACUCCUAUGGUCGUUUAGAGCAGGGGUGUCAAAACUCCCCAUUCCAUGAUGGAGGGGCCCUAGUGUCUGGCAGGUUUUGGGUUUUUCCUUUCAAUUAAGCCCUAGACAACCAGGUGUGGGGAGUUUCUUUACUAAUUAGUGAACCUUAAUUCAUCAAUCAAGGACAAAGGGAGGAGUUGGAAAACCCGCAGCCAACUAGGCCUCCGUGGAAUGGUUGACAUGUGUUUUAGAGAAUUUGGCAGUACGUCCAACUGUCCUCACAACCGCAGACCACGUGUAACCACGUCAGCCCAGGACCUCCACAUCCAGCUUUUUCACCUGCGGGAUGGUCUGAGACGAGCCACCCGGACAGCUGAUGAAUCUGGGGGUUUGCACAACUGAAGGAUUUCUGCACAAACUGUCAGAAACCGUCUCAGGGAAGCUCAUCUGCGUGCUCGUCGUCCUCACCAGGGUCUUGACCUGACUGCAGUUUGGUGUCGUAACCAACUUCAGUGGGCAAAUGCUCACCUUCAAUGGCCACUGGCACGCUGGAGAAGUGUGCUCUUCAUGGAUUAAUCCCGGUUUCAGCUGUACUGGGAAGAUGGCUGACAGCGUGUAUGGCGUCGUGUGGGCGAGCUGUUUGCUAAUGUCAACCUUGUGAAGAGAGUGCCCCAUGGUGGCGGUGGGGUUAUGGUAUGGGCAGGCAUAAGCUACGGACAACGGACACAAUUGCAUUUUAUCUAUGGCAAUUUGAAUGCAUAGAGAUACUGUGACGAGAUCCUGAGCCCCAUUGUAAUGCCAUUCAUCCACCGCCAUCACCUCAUGUUUCAGCAUGAUAAUGCACGGCCCUAUGUCGCAAGGAUCUCUACACAAUUCCUGGAGGCUGAAAAUGUCUCAGUUCUUCCUUGGCCUGCAUACUCACCAGACAAGUCACCCAUUGAGCAUUUUUGGGAUGCUCUGGAUCGAUGUGUAUGACAGCGUGUUCCAGUUCCCACCAAUAUCCAGCAACUUCGCACAGCCAUUGAAGAGGAGUGGGACAUUCCACAGGCCACAAUCAACAGCCUGAUCAACUCUAUGCAAAGGAGAUGUGUCUCGCUGCAUGAGGCAAAUGGUAGUCACACCAGACACUGACUGGUUUUCUGAUCCACGUCCCCUACUUAAAAUACAAUUUAAAAAGUUAUCUGUGACCAACAGAUUCAUAUCUGUAUUCCCAGUCAUGUGAAAUCCAUAGAUAAGGGCCUAAUAAAUGUAUUUCAAUUGACAGAUUUUCUUAUGAACUGUAAAAUCUUUGAAAUUGUUACAUGUUGUGAACAUAGGGCUCUGGUCAAAAGCAGUGCAUUAUAUAGGGAAUAAGUUGCCAUUUGGGACGCACUGCAUGUUUUCCUUGCCAUAAUUUCAUUUGCAGUUUCUCAACUAGUUCCCCUCAGUUCCUCAUGAAAGUCUCCCCUCCCUGUGUGUGUGUUGUGUUUUCAGAGUGUCAGCCAGGCUUCUUCAAAGCGUUUGUGUCCAGCGAUGCAUGCGAGCUGUGUCCUGUUAACACCAAGCUGCUGAGCUCCGGGGCACUGCGCUGCCCGUGUGCAGAAUACUUCUAUCGUGCUCCCGACGACCCAGCUACAGGGCCCUGCUCAGGUGAGGAGGAGGACAUUUUGGAAAAUGACUGUUUAGUGCACUGGUGGAUCCUACACUGACAACGAAUGAGAGAUUUGCUUUUCAUUGCGCUCAAGUGCUCUCUUGACCAAAAUAAUGACACUAAAAAGAAAAUAAGAUUAGAAUGACCGUAAGCAAAAGAAAAUCCCAGAAUGCUAACAUAAUGGUUAACAUAAUGGUUAACAUAAUGUUAAUGAUGACAUUAAUUAAUCAUACAUGAACUAACAUGCUUCCAUUUUCCUGCUCCUGUUUCCUCAGGCCUGCCCUCAGCGCCGCGAGAACUGGUCGCCAUGACCACCCAGCUGGUGGCGGGCAAGCUGCAGCUGUCAUGGAGCCCGCCGGAGGACACGGGCGGCCGCAGUGACAUCACCUACAGCGUGGAGUGCCGACGCUGCGAGGGCACCGCAUGCCAGCCAUGCGGGGAGAAGGUGCGCCUCGAGCCAGCCAGCUCAGGCCUGACGGACACCCGGGUGGCAGUGAGCGAGCUGGAGCCCCACCUCAACUACACGUUCACCGUGGAGGCCCACAGCGGAGUGUCGCUGUUCGCCAGCCAGGGGGCGCCACCCUCCAACAGGCCCCCGCCCACCAGCACAUUGACCACUGCCCUGCACUACACAGGUGGGUCACCGUACUUGGGGGUGGUAGUAGUAGUAGUAGUAGUAGAAACCUUGUAUUAUGUAUGAUCUGAAAUGUAGUUGUUUGGCCUCAUACAAGCAUGAUCACUAAAUACUCCAUCACACAUAAUGCAGUGAAAGCAUUUCAAAAGCUCUUGGUCAGUUGAACCUGUGAAGGAUAUUGCACAAAGUCUCUGUAAUUGUUAACAUCUCCCCUCCUCCCUCCUCAGACCCCCCCAAGGUGACGUCCAUGCGUCUGGACGAGCGGAGCCUCACCAGCCUUUCCCUGUCCUGGGCUGUAGCCCCCCGCAGGCCCCUGCCCCAGCCCACCCGCUACAAACUCACCUACCGCAAGAAGGUACAGUAAACCACCCACGCCACCACUAGCUGGUGAAAAUGUUUGCACUGUUGUAUUUGGAUAUGUCUUUUGAUACAUAAUGAGUUAGAAAAGGAAUGUUGUGGUAGUGCAUGAAGAAAGGGGAAAAAAAAGCAAGAUAGAAAAUGAGAGGGGUUUCAGGGAUGAUAAACGCCAUCAGGGGGAGCAAUACUGCAUAACAAAACAGUGUACCUUAUUAUUACGAUUCCUUACCGAAACACAGUGAACCAACAUGACCUAUCUCAUCUUUCAAUCCCCCCCGCUUCUCCAACUCUUCCAGGAUGACAAUCUGGAUGUGACCACGUACACUGUUCUGAUUCUGGAGAAGAGCUCUGUGCAGAUCAGUGACUUGUCCCCAGGCACAGCCUACCUAUUCAGGGUACAGGCCCUUAGCCCCGAGGGCAGCCCUGGAGGAUCCAGCAUGGAGGAUGAAUUUGAGACCCUGACUGAAGGUAAGGAAGACAGCCAUAUAUCAGCUUAAUAAGGAGAAGGGAGAAUGAAGGGAUGCUACAAUAUUUGAGAUGAUUGGGACACAGCCCAAUACCCCAGGGCCUUGAAAUGGAAGAACCUGUGUGGUGUGUGUGUGUGUGAUGGUGGACCAAACCUGCUGUAAUUAGAAUUAAAUUAAUAUAAAUAAAUCCACACAUAGCUAAAUAAAUGAGCAAGGGAGAAAUACAGAAAUACUGACUAAAAUGUAUAAAUGUUCUCUACAUAUCUAUGUAUUUCUAUUUUUGUUUUUUAUAUACAUUUGUAAAGAUUUCUAAAAACAUGUUUUUGCUUUGUCAUUAUGGGGUAUUGUGUGUAGAUUGAUGAGGGAACAUUUUCAUUUAAUUAAUUUUAGAAUAAGGCUGUAACGUAACAAAGUGGAAAAAGUCAAGGGGUCUGAAUACUUUCCGAAUGCACUGUAUAUAUACACAACGAGCAAAGUGAUCACGCUGUUUGUAUGUGGCUGCUAUGAAAGUGAACUGUGUUUGAGGGUGAUCAGGGAUGUAUUCAUUCUGCCGAUUCUGUUAAAAUGUUUCUUAAACGGAAUCAAACGAAACAGGGAUCAACAUACCUGAAUUUGUUCAACAGAAACUCUAGUUUGCAACUGUUUGACUAAUGAUUACACCCUAGAUCAGCUAGAUGCAGGCGGUAUUGAAUGUGUUUCUGUCUGUCACCUUCAUUACUCCAAUUUUUCUCACGACCUGUGCACCUACGUUGUAAACUUUAAUUCGUAGGCUAGGUUGUAGCAACCUCAUGAUGGGUAUUGGGGAAAUUAGAGUAUCGUGUAGUAGCCAAAACUAUUGAUGUUACAUUGAGCUGGGUGAAUGGAAUAUGAAUGACAGUCAUCCAAUAUGCUGUGAUAGAAAUAAGGCCAUGCUCAUAAUUUAUUUUAUUUUAUUUGGAUUGUUCUCACUCAUCUUAAACGGCACCGACAGCCACUGGUACUGUAGGCUGAUACCACAUUUAAUGGACACAAUAUCCAUAGGUAAGGCUGUACAGUCGUGGUCAAAAGUUUUGAGAAUGACACAAAUACUAAUUUUCACAAAGUCUGCUGCCUCAGUUUUGAUGAUGGCAAUUUGCAUAUACUCCAGAAUGUCAUAAAGUGAUCAGAUGAAUUGCAAUUAAUUGCAGAGUCCCUCUUUGCCAUGAAAAUGAACUUAAUCCCAAAAAAACAUUUCCACUGCAUUUCAGCCCUGCCACAAAAGGACCAGCUGCCAUCAUGUCAAUGAUUCUCUCAUUAACACAGGUGAGAGUGUUGACGAGGACAAGGCUGGAGAUCACCCUGUCAUGCUGGUUGAGUUAGAAUAACAGACUGGAAGCUUUAAAAGGAGGGUGGUGCUUGAAAUCAUUGUUCUUCCUCUGUUAACCAUGGUUACCUGCAAGGAAACACGUGCCGUCAUCAUUGCUUUGCACAAAAAGGGCUUCACAGGCAAGGAUAUUGCUGCUAGUAAGAUUGCACCUAAAUCAACCAUUUAUCGGAUCAAGGAGAGAGGUUCAAUUGUUGUGAAGAAGGCGUCAGGGCGCCCAAGAAAGUCCAGCAAACGCAAGGACCGUCUCCUAAAGUUGAUUCAGCUGCGGGAUCGGGGCACCACCAGUGCAGAGCUUGCUCAGGAAUGGCAGCAGGCAGGUGUGAGUGCAUCUGCACGCACAGUGAGGCGAAGACUUUUGGAGGAUGGCCUGGUGUCAAGAAGGGCAUCAAAGAAGCCACUUCUCUCCAGGAAAAACAUCAGGGACAGACUGAUAUUCUGCAAAAGGUACAGGGAUUGGACUGCUGAGGACUGGGGUAAAGUCAUUUUCUCUGAUGAAUCCCCUUUCCGAUUGUUUGGGGCAUCCGGAAAACACCUUGUCCGGAGAAGACAAGGUGAGCGCUACCAUCAGUCCUGUGUCAUGCCAACAGUAAAGCAUCCUGAGACCAUUCAUGUGUGGGGUUGCUUCUCAGCCAAGGGAGUGGGCUCACUCACAAUUUUGCCUAAGAACACAGCCAUGAAUAAAGAAUGGUACCAACACAUCCUCUGAGAGCAACUUCUCCCAACCAUCCAAGAACAGUUUGGUGAAGACCAAUGCCUUUUCCAGCAUGAUGGAGCACCUUGCCAUAAGGCAAAAGUGAUAACUAAGUGGCUCGGGGAACAAAACAUCGACAUUUUGGGCCAUGGCCAGGAAACUCCCCAGACCUUAAUCCCAUUGAGAACUUGUGGUCGAUCCUCAAGAGGCGGGUGGACAAACAAAAACCCACAAAUUCUGACAAACUCCAAGCAUUGAUUAUGCAAGAAUGGGCUGCCAUCAGUCAGGAUGUGGCCCAGAAGUUAAUUGACAGCAUGCCAGGGCGGAUUGCAGAGGUCUUGAAAAAGAAGGGUCAACACUGCAAAUAUUGACUCUUUGCAUAAACUUAAUGUAAUUGUCAAUAAAAGCCUUUGACACUUAUGGAAUGCUUGUAAUUAUACUUCAGUAUACCAUAGUAACAUCUGACAAAAAUAUCUCAUAACACUGAAGCAGCGAACUUUGUGAAGACCAAUACUUGUGUCAUUCUCAACUUUUGACCACGACUGUACAUUGCAAUAUGAAUGUCCAAUACGCACAAAAGACUGACUGGGGAGGUGAUUUCCCAGUCAAAGCCCUUCAAUAUAAUGAGCUACAACGGUAAUAUUUGGUCCUCCCCAAAAUGUGGCCUUUGAAAGCCUUGAUAGUUGCAUCCUUCCUCAGGGAACUGUCUGCUGAUAGCUUACAACAGGAUUUUUUGAUGUGCUGCUCUAGAGUUCCAUAGCCCAGCAGACUCACCUAGAGGAAAGUGGGAUGGACACAUGUUAGAUUUGAUAGAAGUCUGGGAGACUCUUACAGUGUGGAGAGAGCAUGAGUUUUGGCAUGAGUACAGUAAAACCAAUCCAACCAGUGGCUCUGUAUAAUAUGUUAUCACACAGGCAGACUGCCACAGUGAAGGAGGUUUACAUAGUGCAUCAAGUAUACUAUUAUGAGUGUAGCUUACUUCUCUGUGCUCUGGAGAUAUUUCAGGUAGUUGGUCAGAAGGCUCUGGAGGUCCUUGGACCAUUCUGUCUGUAGCAUCUGGAGAGCGAUUGCUCAGGGCCUCCUUUCUAGUAUCAUGCAAUGUAAAGGAAAACAAGAAUAUCAUGACUUACUGACAGAGUGCUGCAUGUUCCUGCUAGUAGCAAGCAUCAACCUGGAUGCAGAGAAAUGUCCUGCCUUGUAGUAUGGUUGCGUCCAUCUCCACCAGGCUCCAAUAAAUCAGAUGACAAACCUGCAGCGAUUAACAAAAUAAAAUGGUACCUGUAUUUAGGAUUCAUGUAUCACUGUCUAUUUCACAUUAAUGUACAGCGUAUUCGGAAAGUAUUCAGACCCCUUGACCUUUUCCACAUUUUGUUACGUUACAGCCUUAUUCUAACAUUGAUUAAAUCGUUUUCCCCCCCUCAAUCUACACACAAUACCCCAUAAUGACAAAGCAAAAACAGUUUUUUAGAAUUUUUUGCAAAUGUAUAAGAACAUUAAAACAUAUCACAUUUACAUAAGAAUUUAGACCCUUUACUCAGUACUUUGUUGAAGCACCUUUUGGCAGCGAUUAAAGCCUUGGGUCUUCUUGGUUAUGACGCUACAAGCUUGGCACACCUGUAUUUGGGGAGUUUCUCCCAUUCUUCUCUGCAGUUCCUCUCAAGCUCUGUCAGGUUGGAUGGGGAGCGUCGCUGCACAGCUAUUUUCAGGUUUCUCAAGAGAUGUUCUAUCAGGUAUAAGUCCGGGCUCUGGCUGGGCCACUCAAGGACAUUCAGAGACUUGUCCUGAAGCCACUCCUGUGUUGUCUUGGCUGUGUGCUUUGGGUCGUUGUCCUGUUGGAAGGAGAACCUUCACCCCAGUCUGAGGUCCUGAGCGCUCUGGAGCAGGUUUUCAUCAAGGAUCUCUCUGUACUUUGCGCCGUUCAUCUUUCCGUCGAUCCUGACUAGUCUCCCUGCCGUUGAAAGGGAUGGUGCCGGGUUUCUUCCGGAUGUGACGCUUGGCAUUCAGGCUAAAGAGUUCAAUCUUGGUUUCAUCAGACCAGAGAAUCUUGUUUCUCAUCGUCUGAGAGUCUUUAGGUGCCUUUUGGCAAUCUCCAAGUGGGCUGUAAUGUGCCUUUUACUGAGGAGUAGCUUCCGUCUGGCCACUACCAUAGAGGCCUGAUUGGUGGAGUGCUGCAGAGAUGGUUGUCCUUCUGGAAGGUUUCCCAUUGCCACAGAGGAACUCUGGAGCUCUGUCAGAGUGACCUUCGGGUUCUUGGUCACCUCCCUGACCAAGUCCCUUCUCCCCCGAUUGCGCAGUUUGGCCGGGCGGCCAGCUCUAGGAAGAGUCUUGGUGGUUCUUAACUUCUUCCGUUUAAGAAUGAUGGAGGCCACUGUGUUCUUGGGGACCUUCAAUGCUGCAGAAAUGUUUUGGUACCCUUCUCCAGAUCUAUGCCUCGACACAAUCCUGUCUAGGAGCUCUACGGACAAUUCCUACGACCUAAUGGCUUGGUUUUUGCUCUGACAUGCACGGUCAACUGUGGGACCUUUAUAGACAGGUGUGUGCCUUUUCAAAAUCAUGUCCAAUCAAGUUGUAGAAACAUCUCAAGGAUGAUCAAUGGAAACAGGAUGCACCUGAGCUCAAUUUCAAGUCUCAUAGCAAAGGGUCUGAAUACUUAUGUAAAUAAAGUAUUUAAGUUAUUUAUUUAUUUUUGAAUUUGUAAACAUUUCUAAACCUGCUUUCGCUUUGUCAUCAUGGGGUAUUGUGUGUAGAUUGAUUAGGAAAUUGUUUUAUUUAGUCCAUUUUAGAAUAAGGCUGUACCGUAACAAUGUGGAAAAAGUCAAGGGGUCUGAAUACUUUCCGAAUGCACUGUAUGUACAUAACAACAAUAGAUCUAAUUAAAACUAUGCAUGCCAUUUUGUGAUAACAGCUAUGACAAAUUACAUGGCAUACGUGAAUUUAUAGCUAGCUAAAAUAUUCUUUAUAUUUUGGGACCACAUCUCAUCUCACUAAGAAUUGCAAAGGCGAACAGCAAAUUCCGCUAUUGUGGCUAAUCAGUAUUGUGGCUAGCUUCACAUAGGUGACUUAUUCCAUCAUGACCAUGCUCCUCCUUAUUUGACUGUAGUUAGCUAGCUUAUUAAGUAUCCACUCUAUUGCUUAAGUGAUCUAGUUAACGUGAGCUAGCCAACAUGCAUUGCUUAUGUUAUGCCACGAUCCUGCUUGCUUUACAUCUGACAGAUAUUUAGCUACCAUAGCUAGCUAGAUAAGAAUGGUUUAUGAUAAUUGCAGUUUAGUUCAUUAUCUAGCUAGCUAAGUGUAAAACUGAGUCUGGCUGUAAAACGCAGCUAGUUAGCCAACUUGACUUUCAGUCGUAGCCAAGCUAGCUAGCUUGAUAUUCAGUAACGUUAGCUUACCAUGCUUUUCUGGCCAACUGGACAUUCCUCUCGCCCAUCCCGGUCGACUCCUCCUUUCCUACUCCGGUCUCUUGGUCUUCUUCUACGUUCAAAACGAUAUGGCUGUAGUGCGGUGGCUUAUUGUCAAAAGCAACCCACUCCUAACACAGCCACCUGGUACAGGCAGGCAGCCAGUGGCUCAGUGUUCCAAAACUGUUCACCAGUUUCUAUGUCGAGCAAGGACAAUGUUAAAUUAGUUAUUUUUGUGUGUUUUUAUGGUGCGCGUCCGGCACAGCAGCAUAUAAUAGAUUUUUAUCUCCAAAAGUGACAUAUUGAUGAGUAGCUAUAUGCGCUUCACAUUAUUGUUUGGGGGCUGCUAAUGUGAAACAUGGCAUUUUAAACUCUGAACACGUUCUGUCAUACUGAAUGCAGCCCAGGCAAAUGCAGUCGAUCAAUGCGCCAUCGCAUUGAUCAAUCAAUGUCACCCACAUACGUUUGGUUUAACCCCACCUCAUCAUAUUGGAGGAAGAAAUACAGUGAGGGGAAAAAAGUAUUUGAUCCCCUGCUGAUUUUGUACGUUUGCCCACUGACAAAGACAUGAUCAGUCUAUAAUUUUAAUGGUAGGUUUAUUUGAACAGUGAGAGACAGAAUAACAACAAAAAAAUCCAGAAAAACGCAUGUCAAAAAUGUUAUAAAUUGAUUUGCAUUUUAAUGAGGGAAAUAAGUAUUUGACCCCUCUGCAAAACAUUACUUAGUACUUGGUGGCAAAACCCUUGUUGGCAAUCACAGAGGUCAGACAUUUCUUGUAGUUGGCCACCAGGUUUGCACACAUCUCAGGAGGGAUUUUGUCCCACUCCUCUUUGCAGAUCUUCUCCAAGUCAUUAAGGUUUCGAGGCUGACGUUUGGCAACUCAAACCUUCAGCUCCCUCCACAGAUUUUCUAUGGGAUUAAGGUCUGGAGACUGGUUAGGCCACUCCAGGACCUUAAUGUGUUUCUUCUUGAGCCACUCCUUUGUUGCCUUGGCCGUGUGUUUUGGGUCAUUGUCAUGCUGGAAUACCCAUCCACGACCCAUUUUCAAUGCCCUGGCUGAGGGAAGGAGGUUCUCACCCAAGAUUUGACGGUACAUGGCCCCGUCCAUCGUCCCUUUGAUGCGGUGAAGUUGUCCUGUCCCCUUAGCAGAAAAACACCCCCAAAGCAUAAUGUUUCCACCUGCAUGUUUGACGGUGGGGAUGGUGUUCUUGGGGUCAUAGGCAGCAUUCCUCCUCCUCCAAACAUGGCGAGUUGAUUUGAUGCCAAAGAGCUCCAUUUUGGUCUCAUCUGACCACAACACUUUCACCCAGUUCUCCUCUGAAUCAUUCAGAUGUUCAUUGGCAAACUUCAGACGGGCCUGUAUAUGUGCUUUCUUGCUUUCUUGAGCAGGGGACCUUGCGGGCGCUGCAGGAUUUCAGUCCUUCACGGCGUAGUGUGUUACCAAUUGUUUUCUUGGUGACUAUGGUCCCAGCUGCCUUGAGAUCAUUGACAAGAUCCUCCCGUGUAGUUCUGGGCUGAUUCCUCACCGUUCUCAUGAUCAUUGCAACUUCACGAGGUGAGAUCUUGCAUGGAGCCCCAGGACGAGGGAGAUUGACAGUUCUUUUGUGUUUCUUCCAUUUGCGAAUAAUCGCACCAACUGUUGUCACCUUCUCACCAAGCUGCUUGGCGAUGGUCUUGUAGCCCAUUCCAGCCUUGUGUAGAUCUACAAUGUUGUCCCUGACAUCCUUGGAGAGCUCUUUGGUCUUGGCCAUGGUGGAGAGUUUGGAAUCUGAUUGAUUGAUUGCUUCUGUGGACAGGUGUCUUUUAUACAGGUAACAAGCUGAGAUUAGGAGCACUUUCUUUAAGAGUGUGCUCCUAAUCUCAGCUUGUUACCGAUAUAAAAGACACCUGGGAGCCAGAAAUAUUUCUGAUUGAGAGGGGUCAAAAACUUACAGUGGGGAGAACAAGUAUUUGAUACACUGCCGAUUUUGCAGGUUUUCCUACUUACAAAGCAUGUAGAGGUCUGUCAUUUUUAUCAUAGGUACACUUCAACUGUGAGAGACGGAAUCUAAAACAAAAAUCCAGAAAAUCACAUUGUAUGAUUUUUAAGUAAUUAAUUUACAUUUUAUUGCAUGACAUAAGUAUUUGAUACAUCAGAAAAGCAGAACUUAAUAUUUGGUACAGAAACCUUUGUUUGCAAUUACAGAGAUCAUACGUUUCCUGUAGGUCUUGACCAGGUUUGCACACACUGCAGCAGGGAUUUUGGCCCACUCCUCCAUACAGACGUUCUCCAGAUCCUUCAGGUUUCGGGGCUGUUGCUGGGCAAUACGGACUUUCAGCUCCCUCCAAAGAUGUUCUAUUGGGAUCAGGUCUGGAGACUGGCUAGGCCACUCCAGGACCUUGAGAUGCUUCUUACGGAGCCACUCCUUAGUUGCCCUGGCUGUGUGUUUCGGGUCGUUGUCAUGCUGGAAGACCCAGCCACAACCCAUCUUCAAUGCUCUUACUGAGGGAAGGAGGUUGUUGGCCAAGAUUUCGCGAUAAAUGGCCCCAUCCAUCCUCCCCUCAAUACGGUGCAGUCGUCCUGUCCUCUUUGCAGAAAAGCAUCCCCAAAGAAUGAUGUUUCCACCUCCAUGCUUCACGGUUGGGAUGGUGUUCUUGGGGUUGUACUCAUCCUUCUUCUUCCUCCAAACACGGCGAGUGGAGUUUAGACCAAAAAGCUCUAUUUUUGUCUCAUCAGACCACAUGACCUUUUCCCAUUCCUCCUCUGGAUCAUCCAGAUGGUCAUUGGCAAACUUCAGACGGGCCUGGACAUGCGCUGGCUUGAGCAGGGGGACCUUGCGUGCGCUGCAGGAUUUUAAUCCAUGACGGCGUAGUGUGUUACUAAUGGUUUUCUUUGAGACUGUGGUCCCAGCUCUCUUCAGGUCAUUGACCAGGUCCUGCCGUGUAGUUCUGGGCUGAUCCCUCACCUUCCUCAUGAUCAUUGGUGCCCCACGAGGUGAGAUCUUGCAUGGAGCCCCAGACCGAGGGUGAUUGACCGUCAUCUUGAACUUCUUCCAUUUUCUAAUAAUUGCGCCAACAGUUGUUGCCUUCUCACCAAGCUGCUUGCCUAUUGUCCUGUAGCCCAUCCCAGCCUUGUGCAGGUCUACAAUUUUAUCCCUGAUGUCCUUACACAGCUCUCUGGUCUUGGCCAUUGUGGAGAGGUUGGAUUCUGUUUGAUUGAGUGUGUGGACAGGUGUCUUUUAUACAGGUAACGAGUUCAAACAGGUGCAGUUAAUACAGGUAAUGAGUGGAGAACAGGAGGGCUUCUUAAAGAAAAACUAACAGGUCUCUGAGAGCUGGAAUUCUUACUGGUUGGUAGGUGAUCAAAUACUUAUGUCAUGCAAUAAAAUGCAAAUUAAUUACUUAAAAAUCAUACAAUGUGAUUUUCUGGAUUUUUGUUUUAGAUUCCAUCUCUCACAGUUGAAGUGUACCUAUGAUAAAAAUUACAGACCUCUACAUGCUUUGUAAGUAGGAAAACCUGCAAAAUCGGCAGUGUAUCAUACUUGUUCUCCCCACUGUAUUUCCCUCAUUAAAAUGCAAAUCAAUUUAUAACAUUUUUGACAUGCGUUUUUCUGGAUUUUUUUGUUGUUAUUCUGUCUCUCACUGUUCAAAUAAACCUACCAUUUAAAAUGAUAGACUGAUCAUUUCUUUGUCAGUGGGCAAAUGUACAAAAUCAGCAGGGGAUCAAAUACUUUUUUCCCUCACUGUACACAUAAAUAAAUGAAGAGAUGAUGUAAAUAAAUAAAAUGAGUGGGAUUAAUUAUUUAUAUAAUUGUAUCUAUUUAUGUGCAUUUAUUGAUGUAUGUAUCUAUUUAUGUGUGCAUUUAAUUAUUAAUUUAAUUCUAAUUACGGCAGCUUUGGUCCUCCAUUGUAUGUGUGUGUGCAUGUUUGUGCUAAAAUCAGUGGUGUGUGUGUGUGUCAGUGUGUUACCAUUGUAUAAGUGUUUGUUGUUGAUGUGCCACAGUGCCACUGGCCCAGAGCAACACGGGGGUCAUAUUCGGAGCAGCGGUUGGCGGAGCGGCCAUGUUGAUGAUUGUGGUGGUCGUCCUGCUCGUACGCAAACGGUCAGCAACAACCUCCUUUUCCCCCCUCCGCCCCUCAUACCUUUUUUUAAGCAUGUUCAUAACAUUCACCCCUUCACUGGUUUCCUUUCUCAUUCUUCUCUUUCCUUUGCCAAUGCUUCAAAUGGUCUUUCCUUUUAGCCACCUCUCCACCUCUCUCUCCCCUUUUACUUUUGCUACUCUCUCUCUCUAUCUGUUAUCCAGCACUCACUAGGGGAGAAUUGGUGUUGAGUACAGCUUGUCAUUGCUCAGUGAGUGUACUCUAACAAGUAGUGGAUUUGAAUUGAAGCGGGCCCAAGUGGCACAUUGUUUUCGGAUAAGAGCUGGUCGGCUCUUUCUGUGGCAGGCUGUAGCAGCUAGAGAUGAUCCUGCUCCUUCAGCACAGCAGCACACCGCCAUCUGUGUCCUUCAGUCUGUCUCUGACACAGCUUAGCAAACACCCACAGGCUCCAGUCUUUUAUCAAAGUGUUCCCUCAGUGAAUCGAGGCGGCAUACACCAAUGACUUAGGCGCCUUUUGAAACUAGCUGGAAAUGAAAGGAUACAAAGAGAAUCGGACCAUUUGUGUUUUGGCGCGAGAUGAAAGUUACUGAUUAUGUUUAUUUUCUGUUAUUCAGGAGAAGGAACUCUCAUACAAGACAAGGACCAGAGGAUACUUACUUCUCUAGCUCAGGUAGACAAAAGUAAAGAAGUACCCCUCUGUCUGUCAUAUAUUUAUAUAGUUCUUUCACUAACAUCCAUCUAUUCGUAUUCUUCUCCAGAGCAACUGAAGCCGCUAAAAACCUACGUGGAUCCGCACACAUACGAGGACCCCAACAUGGCCAUCCUCAAGUUUGCCAGUGAGAUCCAUCCCAGCCAUGUGACCAAGCAGAAAGUCAUUGGAGCUGGUGAGUGAGAACCCAGUUAAAACAAUGUGCUUAAGGACUUAGGAGGAAGGUGUUAAAGGGUUUUUACAUCCCUUAAGUCUGUUUAUUUUCAGCUGCAUUAGUGCUACAGCUUGAGCUCUUGAGUGACAGUGGGUAGACCCUCCAGAUCAGUGGGUAGACCCUCCAGAUCAGUGGGUAGACCCUCCAGAUCAGUGGGUAGACCCUCCAGAUCAGUGGGUAGACCCUCCAGAUCAGUGGGUAGACCCUCCAGAUCAGUGGGUAGACCCUCCAGAUCAGUGGGUAGACCCUCCAGAUCAGUGGGUAGACCCUCCAGAUCAGUGGGUAGACCCUCCAGUUUAGUAUUGAUGGAUUGCGUCCUCACCCUGCAUGUUUAGACAUAAUUCAGUGUGGCAACUGCUUUGCUUCGGGGACCAGUGCUUUGUCUCAAAAGACUCUCAAAUACUUCUGUUUAUCUUAAUUAUUCUGGUGGAUUUGAGUGUCUUUUGAGACAAAGCACUGGUCCCCGAAGCCAAGCAGGCUAUACUAUACCUCCUUGGGCCCAAACUCCUACUUCUCAGAUGACGGGUUUAUUGCAGUGUGACCACAUCUGCCCUUUGAACCCCCCCGUACUGUUUUCCCACGACCGUGCUCGGCCCUCCCCUUUGUGACAGCUGAUUCCCAUGCUCCCAACCACGCCACAGGCUUCCACCAAUGAGAGACGGAUACUUUUUUUACACAAUCCCACAAUAACACACCUCUGUGAAAUGCCCCGGGGCAAAACCACUCAUGACCCCUUCCUUGUUUACUUUCCCCUUAUCCAAUUUCCCAAACGCCUGAGACUCGAGACACUGCAAGCCACACCCCUAUAAAGGAUAGUGCUUGAAAUAUUGCUCAAUCUUGUCUUUGGGUUUUAAAUCAAUUUUCCUCAACGCCUCUAGGGGAGUUUGGAGAGGUGUACCGUGGUAUUCUGAAAGCGCCAGGGCGGAAGGAGGGGGCGGUGGCCAUUAAGACGCUGAAGCCGGGCUACUCGGAGAAGCAAAGGCAGGACUUUCUGUCAGAGGCGAGCAUCAUGGGACAGUUCUCCCACCAGAACAUAAUUCGCCUGGAGGGAGUUGUCACCAAAUGUAAGAAACCUCUGUUAGCCUACUGGGCACUACCUACACCAAUAAUGGUAUUCUCCUGUCAAGCAUUCACUUUACCUGUUUAUAUAUACAUCGAUAUGUAUAUAUUUCAUGCCUGUUUGGGCAGUAGUUAACAGUAUUUAUGCCCUUUUUUGGUUCCAGUCAAGCAUGCCAUGAUUGUGACUGAGUAUAUGGAGAACGGCGCAUUGGACAAGUACCUAAAGGUGACUAGGCCUACAGUACAUCCUAUACAAGUUACCUUUUAUAAAUGAAAGACAAUGAGUUACUACAGCUUCCAAAUAUUUCUAACAGUAUGUGUGUGUUACAACGUGUUUCCCUUUCAGGAUCGUGAUGGCGAGAUGCCAUCCUUCCAGCUGGUGGGCAUGAUGCAUGGCAUCGCCGCCGGCAUGAAGUACCUGUCUGACAUGAGCUACGUUCACCGGGACCUGGCUGCCCGCAACAUCCUGGUCAACAACAACCUGGAGUGUAAGGUGUCUGACUUCGGCCUAUCCCGAGUGCUGGAGGAUGACCCUGAGGGCACCUACACCACCAGCGUGAGUUAACAUUGGACAUUACAACGGUUGGCUUUGCUCAGCUCUUGCUAACACCUUUGCCUUGUUAGCACUGUAUUUCAGUGUAAACUGCUCAUAGAGGACUGUCAUUGAAUUAAAUGUACUUUAAUUUAAUUGAAACAAUGUAUUUUUUGGGCUCUGACCGGAGUGUGUUGUCUACUUGUUUCCCCUCCAACAGGGUGGUAAGAUCCCCAUCCGCUGGACAGCCCCAGAGGCCAUUGCCUACAGGAAGUUCACCUCGGCCAGCGACGUGUGGAGCUUCGGCAUCGUCAUGUGGGAGGUCAUGGCUUUUGGAGAGCGUCCCUACUGGGACAUGAGCAACUGCGAGGUACACUACAAUGCUAACGCUAACAAAGCCAAACAAGGCAGGAAGCCUUAUAGUUACACUGCUAACGUAAACCAAUGGAAACCCAUGAAGUUACCGCUAACGGGAAUGCUAGUACUAACUAUCAUAACAGCUCUGUGAACCUCCGAUCAAGUGUGGGAUCUCAAGGUGACCCACUGCCGCACCUCACAUAGUCAAUUCUCUAUCAGAUACAGAGGUACCAUACUCUGGAAUUCUUAUCUUCACAUUGCCAAAACAUCGUCAUCCCUCAGUAACUUCAAGCGAAGACUGGGGGUCAGCCUGAUGAACCAAAUUACUCAGUAAACUCCUCUAUAUAGCCUAAUGCUCACACACUCACAUGCGCACACAUGCACACACACUUUUUAAACAAAACAACAACAAAACAUUUGUGAUUACUAAUCAAUUAAUUUAUACAUUUAUAAUUAGUAGGUUUUGUUAUCUGUUUUAACAAACCUUUUUUAUUUUUGUACUUAUGUAUUGUAUAGUUUUUUUGUGGUAUGGUUUUCAUAUAAGCACUUGGGCGUCCAACCACAUCUGCACACCGUUUGUCUAUUACUUGUUUUCUUUGGUGCGAAUAAAUUAAACUAAACUAAACCUCUAGCCUCUGGUUGUCAGGUCAUGAAGGCCAUCAACGAGGCGUUCAGGCUGCCAGCGCCCAUGGACUGCCCAUCAGCCGUCUACCAGCUCAUGCUGCAGUGCUGGCUGCAGGACCGCUCCAAGAGGCCCCGUUUCCCAGACAUCGUCAGCCUGCUGGACAAGCUGCUCAGGAGCCCCGAGUCCCUGAAGGCUAUCGCAGACUUCGACCCCCGGUAUGAGUCCUUUACUCUCUAGAAGGGAAUUACACAUCAAAGUAUAUCCAUGAACGACUGGAGCACAAGAAAAAGCAAAUUCUUGGUAGGAUAAUGUGGCAGCAUAAUGUGUGCAUGUGUAAUAAUAAUUUGGUAGGUGCUUAUAUUUGUCAAAUUUCACACGUUAAUACACAUCAUUUGUUUUUUGCAUAUCCCAACUCCCCCUGAGAUACCCUCUGAGAGUGGGGUUACGGCCAGGGUCUGCCAUUAUCAACGGCGACUCUGGAACAAUUGGGGUAAAGUGCCUUGCUCAAGGGCACAUCGACAGGUUCUUCACUUUGUCGGCUCAGGAUUUGAACUAGUGACCUUUCAGUUACUGACGAACGCUCUAACCGCUAGGCUACUUGCCGUCUCUGUAUGUGUGCAGGUGUCUGUGAACAGGUUUUAGACACAAAAGACAAAGAUCUGUCAGGUUCUUUUAUCAGUUUCCCCAUAGCUGCACCAACUGGUUUUUAUCUCACUGUUUCCUUGCUGAGUAAUUACAGCCGACUAUCUUUGUCCUGAUUGUCGGGCAGCUGGUGAUGAUUAUAGCUUACUCUGCCCUACUUUCCCUCCUCCAGCGUAUCCAUCCGCCUGCCCAGCACAAGUGGUUCGGACGGCUCACCGUUCAGGUCGGUGUCAGAGUGGCUGGAGUCCAUCAAGAUGAGCCAGUACAGCGAGAACUUCACCUGCGCCGGAGUGGUCACCAUGGACCAGGUGCUGCAGAUGAAGAACGUGUGAGUAGUGUUUUUCUAAAGCAUCUUAUUAGAUUUUUGUGGGACGUUCUGUCUGUUACUUGAUGAGAUGAUGUUCAUCAAAACAAUUGAUUACAAAAAAAGACAAUCCUAAGAUUGGAUGAGAGAUGGAAGCUACAAUCUAUCUGCAAUAUUAAAGCUGAUCUGAUAAAAAAAUAUAUAAGAUUGGAUGAGCAUAUAGGAAUGUAUUAAAUAGAUAUGUAUAGAGUACAUGCACAAUGGAGAACAACUGGUUCCCAAGCUAAGUCCAUUCUUAGUUUUCCAAACCAUGUUAUGGAUGUGACUUCUGCUGAGUGUUUGGGGUUUUUGUUUUUGAAAAAGUAGAUUUCGACAGCCAGAGAACCGUUUAAGGACAAUAUAAACUCCGGCCUCUCCACAACUCAAGAAAACGAGUGAGAUGGAAAAAAAUAAUGGAGAGCGAGAAAGAGCAGGCUCAUUUGCGAUGGCCUUGUGGCGGUGACUUGUGGUUUGCUCCCUCCCCUCUUUUGUGCCCUCCCUUCCCUUUUUUCAAUGAUUUCUCUCAUCCCUCCUUCCCCACACCAGCAGCCUGAAACCGCGGGUCCUGGCUGUGUAGGGCAAAGGCCCUCGUGGCUUAUGCAACAUGAAAGGACGAGGAGGAGGAGGAGAAGAAGAAGAAGAGAGAACAGCCACUAGACUAGAAGGGGCAAUGUGGAGAUAGAGUAGAACAGUUGUGGAUAAGGAGAUGACUUUGGACCAUCGCACACCCCAAAAAGUUAACAAAAUACCCAGACGAAGGCACUGUAACCCUAAAUAUUAUAUCACUCAAUCAGUAAAUACAGUAUCUGGGAGGUAGAUAGUCUGCAACUUUCUUCAUUUUCUGUAGAGCUAUGGGAGACGGAACACAUCUACCGACGAGGCUUUCCUUUUAAUCCUAAGAAAGAGGGCUGUGUGGAAACGGGAAACGUCUUUUGAAGUGUGUGUCAUAUUCCGUGGUGAGAUUUUACGGUCCCUUGCUCCAUCUCUUGUCAUCUGGUAGCACUCGACUGAACUAUUUACGACACUCCCUCUGCUCGCCAGGCAACUGAUUCAUGGGCGAGAUGGAGAAUCCUCAUUAACUAAUUAAGACUGUAAUUAAACCUGGUAAUGAGGGACUUGGAUGUGGCACGCCUUCGCCAGGUUCUGUCACGUGUGGCUGUGUGAGGGGUUUACCUCAUGUUUGCCCUUCCUUGAAAAUGAGAAACUGUCCUCCUGGCUAGGUUAUUUUCAAUAGGGUGCUAACUUUGCUUUCACAUCCAGUUUCAUAUUGAUUACCUAAAUGAAGGGAAGAUGGAAGAAUUAGUUUGAAAGGGAAUCCGAACCAGGUCAAGACGUGAAUUCCCCAGUUGCUAUCCAGUGGCUCUAUAGCUCAAUUGCUCUCUUGUGCUUUCUUUUUCACAGGGAUAUCAAGAACAUUGGCGUAAGACUGCCCGGCCACCUGAAGAGAAUUGCAUACAGCAUCCUGGGCUUGAAAGACCAGACCAGCACACUGAGUGUAUUUGCAGUGUGA